AAGGAAUCAUGCAUCAAUAUCAAUAUCCUAAAAUAUUUCUUCCUCCAGCCGUCAUUGCAACAUCUGUCAUAAAACCUCGAGCAACCUCCCAAAAAUCUCAACCACGUUUCUCUCCCAGUGUUCCAAUUCCAAUAAGUUUUAUGCUUUACAGCAAUGGGUAAUGAAGUUCAGUAUAUACUGGAAAGCAAGAGAUUAGUAUGGCUUGUUGCAGUAGUAUUUGCCAUGGUUAUAAUGUUCCAGUACUUUGAAUUCCCAUAUGGUGAUUAUGUUUCAUCAUCCUUAUUUUCUGCUAAAAAAGCUCAACCACCUGUAAGUGGAAGCCUCCAAUAUGAAGCUUCACCACAAAAUCCCAAAUCAUUAGACAACAUCACCCUUUUUGAUGGCUCUAAUCAUACAAACCCUUUGGAUAUACUUGAGAAGGGUAAUAAGAUUAUAGACAAUGGAGACAAAAAUGAUGUUGAAGUGAAGCACAAUUCAACAGUGGACAAGGUUCAAGAAAAUGGAGGUUUGGUUAAUGAUAAUGCAACAAAAUCUGUUGGAAAUUUAACUAUCAAUAAUGUUAGUUAUUCAACCUCACAAGAAAAAAAUCCAGAUGCUGCAAGUUCACCAACUCCUAUAACACCCUCAACAUCAAUAGUUUCUAUUUCUCCUUCAACGGCAAUAUUGGAUAAUAACACAUACACAUCUAAAGCAGAUAUGGGUGCACCGAAUUCAGACCACAAGAACAAAUUGGCUAAAUCACAUAAAAAGCAAGUGAAGAAAGCUCCAUCAAUGGGGGAUGUAGUGACAAUUUCCAACAUGUAUGACAUUUUACUUUAUAAUCGUGCUAAUGUUCGAUCAAUGAAACCAUUGUGGUCUUUAAAAGUUGAUCAAGAAUUACUCGAUGCAAAAUAUCAAAUUGAGAAUGCUCCAAUCAAUGGCAAUGAUCGUGCACUUUAUCCUCCUCUAUAUCGUAAUGUAUCGAUGUUUAAAAGGAGCUAUGAAUUAAUGGAAAAGACUCUCAAGGUUUACGUUUACAAGGAGGGAGAAAGACCAAUAUUCCACCACCCACAAUCAGUUCUUAGUGGAAUUUAUGCCUCUGAGGGAUGGUUCAUGAAGCAUAUGGAAGAAAGCAAACAUUUUGUCACUAAUGACCCCAAAGAUGCCCAUCUAUUUUACCUUCCUUUUAGUUCUCGAAUAUUAGAAGAGAAAUUAUACGUGACUGGAUCUGGAAGUCGCGACAACUUGGUACAACACUUGAAGAACUACCUUAACCUGAUCGCUACGAAAUAUGAUUCAUGGAAUAGGACUGGUGGGUCCGAUCAUUUCCUCGUUGCUUGUCAUGAUUGGGCAACAGACGAGACAAGAAAAGCCAUGGAUACUUGCAUAAGAGCUCUAUGCAAUUCAGAUGUCAAAAGAGAAGGUUUCCAAUUAGGAAAAGACGUUUCUCUCCCUGAAACAUACAUCCGCUCACCCCAAAACCCAUUACGUGAACUUGGAGGCAAACCCCCUUCCCAACGCCCAAUCCUCGCCUUUUUUGCAGGCCAAAUGCACGGUUAUGUCCGCCCCAUUCUCCUAAAACAUUGGGAAAACAAAGACCCCGACAUGAAAAUCUUCCAGAAGCUUCCAAAAUCUAAAGGAAACAAAAACUAUAUUCAAUACAUGAAGAGUAGCAAGUAUUGUAUUUGUGCUAAAGGUUAUGAGGUGAAUAGUCCUAGAGUGGUGGAGGCUAUUUUUCAUGAAUGUGUUCCCGUAAUUAUAUCGGAUAAUUUUGUCCCACCUUUUUUUGAGAUCUUGAAUUGGGAAUUGUUUGCGGUUUUUGUUCAAGAAAAAGAUAUUCCAAAUUUGAAGAAUAUUCUUGCUUCUAUAUCGAAGAGGAGGUAUCUGGUGAUGCAACAGAGAGUUAAGAAGGUACAACAACAUUUUCUAUGGCAUGUUAAGCCUGUGAAAUAUGAUAUAUUUCAUAUGAUUUUGCAUUCGAUAUGGUAUAAUAGAGUUUUUAGAGUAGAUUCGGGUAGUUAGUUAGUUAUUGUGAAUAUAUUUUUUCAAAAUGCG